AUGACAACUACCUUGCUUUGUAACAUGAUAUUUCUGCUGGCAUUUGGAUUGGCUUCAGCUUUUAGCCACAGCCCUAGGACCCCUGACAGGGUUUCUGAAGCAGAUAUUCAGAGGCUCCUCCAUGGGGUUAUGGAGCAACUGGGAAUUGCCAGACCCCGGGUAGAAUAUCCAGCACACCAGGCUAUGAAUCUAGUUGGUCCACAGAGCAUUGAAGGCGGUGCGCAUGAGGGUCUCCAGCACUUGGGUCCUUAUGGCAAUAUCCCAAACAUCGUGGCUGAGCUGACAGGAGAUAACGUACCAAAGGAUUUCAGUGAAGAUCAAGGAUAUCCUGACCCUCCAAAUCCCUGCCCUAUUGGAAAAACAGUUGAUGAUGGGUGUCUAGAAAACACCCCAGACACAGCUGAGUUCAGCAGGGAAUACCAGCUGCACCAACACCUUUUUGAUCCAGAGCAUGACUAUCCCAACAUGGGCAAGUGGAGCAAGAAUUUACUCCUUGAGAAGAUUAAUGGUGGUCCAAAAAGAAGAAAGAGGAGUGUGAACCCAUAUCUGCAAGGACAGCGACUGGAUAAUGUUGUAGCAAAGAAGUCUGUUCCACAUUUUUCAGAUGAAGACAAGGGUCCUGAAUAAGUACAAUAAAAAUGAAUGAUGAAAACUCAUGCCAUCCUCUGCUAGAUCGUAAUAUUGCUUAUAUAUAAUCAUCUAUUAAAAUCUUUGUGAAUGGCAGCAUGUUUAUUAUUUAUAUAAUUGUAGAUGAAAAACAGCUGUAUUUAUAACAGUAUGUUCUCCUAGAUAACAAAAAUAUGGUUCUGCUUUUUGUUAAGUUAUGGUAAAAGGACAUUUCUGUUGUUUUUAUUUUAGUCAUGGAGCAAACUUUAAAAAUGUUAGUCAUUUUAAUAGCUAACGUGAGGUAAAUGGUCUUAAUGAGCAGCUUGUAAAUAGGAAGAUGUAAAAAAAUGCCCAGUCUGACUCCAACAUUUAAUCUUACAUGUUACUAUGUUUGACACAUGAAAAUUAUAGUUUUAUGUUUUGUUCACAAAUAUUGUUACUUAGCAAAGACAAAGUAUUUAUUUUACCCAGAGAAUUUUGGCUUUUGGUCCAUUCUAAUAAACAUUUAAGCAAUCUACAAGGUUUGCAAAGUGACAUUUUCCAAAAUAUUUCAGAGGCUCAUUUGUCUCUGUUAUUGCUGUGCAAAUUUAGAAAUUAAAGAACUGCUUUUUGACUCUAUCCCCUGGAAUAUUUUUCUGUUAAGUUUUAAUUGUUCCAUGUCCACAACCUUCCUGAACAUUUGCACAUCUUUCUUCCCAUCAAUGGUAGUGUAGUGUGCAAAUUAAUCUCCCCCGCUAUUCUUUGUCUUAUUAACAGCAGCAUUUGUGCAUUAUAACGUUCUUAAAUUAUGUGU